UUUUUUUUUUUUUUUGGUAAAAAAAUAUCACACCGCUGUCGUCACAGCGCGUCCUUCAUCCUCCAUCAGUCGUACCUCGUCCUCCGUCCAGAGAAGGACACGCCGGAGAAUGACCCGCCCGCUAUGAUGGGCUCCAUUCGCAGCGGAGGACGCGUUAGAAAGCUUCCAGCAGCUUCGUUCGAGCACUGACUGAGCAGCGCUCCGUCUCUUCUGCUUCCUGCAGUGCAGGGGCUCCGUCUGUAAGUCCGCAGCCCGCCAUUAAGGCCGUCUCUUCGGACGGGGGACGGAGGGAAGCAAAUCUGUCCGAACAGGUGGAAUUGCACAGAGAACUCGAGAGUCGCGCACAAAGAGCGAGAGGUCCGACUUGCCACAAUGUCAGGGGCGUCGGUGAAAGUGGCCGUCAGAGUGCGGCCUUUCAACUCGCGCGAGACCAGCAAGGAGUCGAAAUGCAUCAUACAGAUGCAGGGGAGCUCCACCACGAUUUUGAACCCGAAAAACCCAAAGGAACCACCAAAGUCCUUCAGCUUUGACUACUCUUACUGGUCACACACCACACCAGAUGACCCUUCCUUCGCCUCCCAGAGCCAGGUUUACAAUGAUAUAGGCAAGGAGAUGCUGCAGCAUGCCUUUGAAGGGUACAAUGUCUGCAUCUUUGCUUAUGGCCAGACAGGUGCAGGCAAGUCCUACACCAUGAUGGGUAAACAGGAAGAGGGCCAGGAGGGCAUCAUCCCCCAGCUCUGUGAAGAACUCUUUGAGAAGAUCAAUGACAACAGCAAUGAGGACAUCUCGUACUCUGUGGAGGUGGCCUACAUGGAAAUCUACUGUGAGCGUGUCCGGGACCUGUUGAACCCCAAAAACAAGGGCAACUUGCGCGUGCGUGAGCAUCCCCUGCUUGGUCCCUACGUGGAGGACUUGUCCAAACUUGCUGUUACUUCCUACACAGACAUCGCUGACCUGAUGGAUGCAGGAAACAAGGCCAGGACGGUAGCAGCCACCAACAUGAAUGAGACCAGCAGCAGGUCGCACGCUGUCUUCACAAUUGUCUUCACACAGAGGAAGCAUGAUAGUGAGACGGACCUCUCCACUGAAAAGGUCAGCAAGAUCAGCCUAGUGGACUUGGCAGGCAGCGAGCGGGCAGACUCCACAGGGGCUAAAGGGACAAGGCUAAAGGAAGGUGCGAACAUCAACAAGUCGCUGACCACGCUUGGGAAGGUCAUCUCGGCCUUGGCAGAAGUGGAUAAUUGUACCAGCAAGAGCAAGAAGAAGAAGAAGACAGACUUCAUUCCUUACAGGGACUCUGUUCUCACAUGGCUGCUCCGGGAGAACCUGGGUGGAAACUCCAGAACAGCCAUGGUCGCAGCCCUCAGCCCUGCCGAUAUAAACUACGAUGAAACCCUCAGCACGCUGAGGUACGCUGAUCGGGCGAAGCAGAUCAAGUGCAAUGCGGUGAUCAAUGAAGAUCCCAACGCCAAGCUGGUGCGUGAGCUGAAGGAUGAAGUUGCGCGCCUCAAGGAUCUACUCCGUGCCCAGGGCCUGGGUGAUAUUCUGGACAUUGAACCGAUCGGGGAUGAUUGCCCAGGAAACGGAAGCAAAUACCUGAAAGACAUACACAACAGUAAACAUAGAUACUUGCUUGCGUCAGAGAACCAACGGCCUGGCCAUCUCUCCACAGCACCCAUUGGCUCCUUUACAGAGCCCCCUCUGCCUGGUGCUCUUACUGGUCUGGGGGGGCUGCCCUCUGUCACCAGCAUCCAGGAGCGCAUUAUGUCCACGCCGGGUGGGGAGGAGGCCAUCGAACGGCUAAAGGAAUCCGAGAAGAUCAUUGCUGAGCUGAAUGAGACCUGGGAGGAGAAGCUGCGUAAAACUGAGGCCAUCCGCAUGGAGAGGGAGGCACUCCUGGCAGAGAUGGGUGUGGCCAUUCGUGAAGAUGGCGGCACUUUGGGGGUCUUCUCUCCUAAAAAGACUCCUCAUCUUGUCAAUUUGAAUGAAGACCCCCUGAUGUCAGAGUGCUUAUUAUAUUACAUCAAAGAUGGCAUUACCAGGGUGGGGCAGGCCGAUGCAGAAAGGCGUCAGGACAUUGUGUUGAGUGGAGCGCACAUCAAGGAAGAACACUGUGUUUUCCGCAGCGAGAGGAACCUGAAUGGGGACGUCAUUGUCACGCUGGUUCCGUGUGAGGGAUCAGAGACGUAUGUCAAUGGCAAGCGCGUGAGCGCCCCUGUGCAGCUGCGCUCUGGAAACCGCAUCAUCAUGGGGAAGAACCACGUGUUCCGGUUCAACCACCCAGAACAGGCCCGUGCAGAGCGGGAAAAGACCCCAUCAGCCGAAACGCCAGUGGAGCCUGUGGACUGGACCUUCGCCCAGCGUGAGCUGCUGGAGAAACAGGGCAUUGACAUGAAGCAGGAGAUGGAAAAGAGACUGACAGAAAUGGAGAUCUUGUACAAGAAGGAGAAGGAAGAAGCGGACCAACUCCUUGAACAGCAGCGACUGGUAUACGAAAGCAAGCUGCAGGAGCUGCAGAAGCAGGUGGAGACUCGCUCCUUGGCAGCCGAGACACCUGAUGAGGAGGAGGAGGGGGAAGAUGAAGAGGAAGCUUCCUGGACGCAGCAUGAGUUGGAGCUGGCCCAGUGGGCGUUCAGGAAGUGGCGCUACCAUCAGUUCACCUCUCUCCGAGACAAGCUGUGGGGCAAUGCCGUGUACCUGAAGGAGGCCAACGCCAUCAGUGUGGAACUCAAGAAGAAGGUCCAGUUCCAGUUUGUGCUGCUGACGGAUACGCUGUACUCCCCGCUGCCCCCGGAGCUUCUGCCCCCCGAGCCGGAGAAGGAGCGUUCCCCGAGGCAGUUCCCCCGCACUGUGGUGGCUGUGGAGGUGCAGGACCUGAAGAAUGGAGCAACACACUACUGGUCCUUAGAGAAACUCAACAGGCAGCGGCUGGGCCAGAUGCGUGAGAUGUACGACCGUGCCGGGGAGAUGGCCUCCUCCAACCAGGAGGAAGGAGAGGGGACCCUCACAGGCAGCGACCCCUUCUAUGACCGCUUCCACUGGUUCAAGCUGGUGGGCAGCUCUCCCAUCUUCCAUGGCUGCGUGAACGAGCACCUCACGGACCGCACUCCCUCGCCCACCUUCUCCACGGCCGACUCGGAUGUUACGGAGCUGGCGGAUGAGCGGCAGAGCGAGAUGGAGGACCUGUUGGACGACGAGGCCUUCGUGGAUGAUACCAGCUCUGAUGCCGGGACUGAGGAGGGCUCCGAUAUCUUCGGCGACGGCCAGGACCCAUUUUAUGACCGCUCCCCCUGGUUCAUCCUGGUGGGAAGGGCCUUUGUGUACCUCAGCAACCUGCUGUAUCCUGUGCCCCUGGUGCACCGCGUUGCCAUAGUGACCGAGAAGGGGGAGGUGCAAGGCAUGCUGCGGGUGGCGGUCCAGGCCAUUGCAGCUGACGAAGAAGCUCCGGAUUAUGGCUCUGGGGUUCGGCAAUCCGGCACAGCCAAGAUCUCCUUUGACGACGAGUACUUCAAAAAGAGUGACUGCUCCACCAUAGCAUUGACCCGCUCGGGCCUCUCACUGGAGGAACUGCGCAUUGUGGAAGGCCAAGGUCAAAGUUCGGAGGUCAUCACGCCUUCGGAGGAGAUGAACAGGAUGAACGACAUGGAUCUGAAACUGGGCAACACUGAGGCCAAGCUGGGACUGUCGGAGAGGCCUGCCGGCCACUUGGAGCUGGGUAGUGUCUUCACUUUCCGUGUCACCGUCCUCCAGGCCAGCGGCAUCCCUCUCGAGUACGCGGACAUCUUCUGCCAGUUCAACUUCCUCCAUCGCCAUGACGAGGCCUUCUCUACAGAGCCCCUGAAGAAUACUGGAAAAGGGACUCCGCUGGGCUUCUACCAUGUGCAGAACGUCGCCGUUGAGGUGACGGAGUCAUUCAUUGAGUACAUCAAGACAAAACCUAUUGUAUUUGAGGUCUUUGGACACUACCAGCAGCACCCCCUACAUCUGCAUGGCCAGGAGCAGAUCAGUGCUCCUCAGCCUUCUAGGAAGUAUUACCCCCCACCCAUGCCUCUCUCAAAGCCAGUGCCGGCCACCAAGCUGAACACCAUUACCAAGUCAAACCUGGGACAGUGCGUGAGCAAGUACGACCUGCUGGUGUGGUUCGAGAUCAGCGAGCUGGAGCCAACGGGAGAGUACAUUCCAGCAGUGGUGGACCACAGUGGAGGACAACCCUGCCAGGGCACCUUCCUCCUCCACCAGGGCAUCCAGCGCAGGAUCACUGUCACCCUCAUCCAUGAGAAGGGCAGUGAGCUCCACUGGAAGGAUGUGCGGGAGCUGGUGGUUGGCCGUAUCAGGAGCAACCCGGAGGUGGACGAGAGUGCGGCCGACGCGGUCCUGUCCCUCAACAUCAUCUCAGCCAAGAACAUCAAGUCCUCCCACAACUCCAACAGACUGUGUCUUGACAAAGACAUUGCUAGAACAUUCUACCGGUUUGAGGCAGUGUGGGACAGCUCCCUGCACAACUCCCUCCUGCUUAACCGGGUCACACCUUAUGGUGAGAAGAUCUACAUGACCCUGUCGGCCUACCUGGAGCUCGACCACUGCAUCCAGCCAGCCAUCAUCACCAAAGACAUCUGCAUGGUCUUCUACUCCAGAGAUGCUAAGAUCUCACCACCGCGCUCCCUGAGGAACCUCUUUGGGAGUGGUUACUCCAAGACCCCAGACUGCAACCGAGUCACAGGGAUCUAUGAGCUGAGCUUGUGCAAGAUGGCCGACACGGGAAGUCCAGGCAUGCAGCGGCGGAGGAGAAAAGUCCUGGACACGUCGGUUGCCUACGUGCGGGGCGAAGAGAACCUGGCUGGAUGGAGGCCCAGGGGGGACAGUCUCAUCCUGGAGCACCAGUGGGAGCUGGAGAAACUGGAGCAGUUGCAUGAGGUGGAGAAGACACGGCACCUGCUGCUGCUGCGGGAGAAGCUGGGUGAUGCGGCGCCCAGGUCCCUGAGCGAGGUGCUCUCUCCCAGCCUGAGCUCCGGCUCCCUCAGCACAUCUACGUCCAUCUCGUCCCAGAUCUCCAGCGGCACCUUUGAGAGCGCCGUCACACCCAGCGAGAGCAGUGGCUAUGACUCAGCUGACAUUGAGAGCCUGGUGGAUCGUGAGAAGGAGCUGGCCACCAAGUGUCUGCGUCUGCUGACUCACACCUUCAACACCGAGUACAGCCAGGUGUGCAACAGCAUCAGUGACUGCAAGCUCUCGGACAUCUCUCCUUUGGGUCGCGACCCCUCUGUCACGAGCCUCAGCAGUGCCACGCUGACCCCAUCCUCCACCUGCCCGUCGCUGACCGACUCCCGCUGUGGCUCCAUAGAGCAGAAGACCCCCGAGGCAAACUCCCGCGCCUCCAGCCCUUCCUGCUCGGACUACGAGAACUUCCCCAUGGUGCCCACCCUGGAGACCUCCUACCUGGCGCGGGCCGGCAAGAACGAGUUCCUCAACCUGGUGCCUGACAUCGAGGAGAUGAGGCCUGGGUCCGUGGUCUCCAAAAAGGGCUACUUGAACUUUAUGGAGCCACGCUCCAACUCAUGGGUGAAACACUUUGUGGUGGUGCGCCGGCCCUACGUGUUCAUCUACAACAACGACAAGGACCCCGUGGAGAGGGGUGUGCUCAACCUGUCCACAGCCCAGGUGGAGUACAGUGAAGAUCAGCAGGCCAUGCUCAAGACUCCCAACACCUUCGCUGUGUGUACGAAGCACAGAGGGAUCCUGCUACAGGCCAACAACGACAAGGACAUGAACGACUGGCUGUACGCCUUCAACCCACUGCUUGCCGGAACUAUAAGGUCGAAGCUGGCGAGAAGACGCUCGAGCUUGAUGAAGAAAUGAGAGCUGUGUCAUUCCACGUGAGGACGUGAUCUUUCCACUAACAUACAAAGUGUUACCACUUAUUAAUCUUUGUGAUUCUUGACAGUUUUUCCUCUUGUACGUAGACCUGUGGCUUAAGUCCCUCUUCAAACUUGCGUUGGAGUUCCUGGACCCCCCCCCCCCCCAUUUCUCUC